AUGUCAGCUGAUCACAACCCGAACCCCGAAAACGCCGACGAUUUUCCCGAAAACCCCGAAAACGCCGACGAUCUUCCCGAAAACGCCGACGAGCAUCCCGAAAAUGCAGACGAGCAUGAGCUCCCAAAUCCUGAAAAUGCCCACCCGUUCGACGAGAGUCGGGAGCGUAUACGCGAACUACUCUUCAGAAGAGUAGACGAAAAAGUUGAUUUAAGCAACGACGAUGCGCGGGAGAUUCUCUUCAGAGUACCCAGGGAGGGCUUACCUUCCUUAUCGGCUGUGAACAAAUGCAUAGCGGUUGAUAUUGGGAAAGAGCUACAAUAUCCUCAUGGUCUUUUAGUGGAACGUGAGCGACGCACACCACAACUCACCUUCGAUUUUGUUCCUCUAGUUCCCCGCACCCAACCCCCGUUUCUGACCCUAAAUGUUCCUAUUGAGCCGAUGGUGUAUGUUGAAAACGCAACAAAUGGUCUGAUGCUUCUAAGGAGCGGAUGUCGUUUUUAUAUGUUCAACCCCCUUAAGAAUUUUGUUAAACCUCUACCUCGAUUUGAGAGGUAUACGAACUUGGUUCAAAGAGGCAUGGUUCUUUGUUAUAAUAGCUUAGAGUCUAGGACAAGCUACGACAUCGUUUACGUUGGUGAGAGGAGAGACAAGACGAAAGCCGUAGAGUUUGGUCUAUUCUCCUGGAGGAACAGGAACCACACAUUCCGCAUCGCAGCUACGAUUUUGGAGGAAGCAAGACUCUUCGCUCGUGAUGACUUCGGAAGAGGGGUUUAUUGCCGUGGACAUGCUUACUGGGUACAACAAAGAGGUGUCCUGAUAUGUUUCAGUAUCUUGGACAAUGGAGUUCAGAGCAGUGUUGAUUUAAGGCAUGAGAUGGAGGUGGAGCUUGUUGGAGUUGCCUGAUGACGAUGCUUUUGAAUACAGUAUAAAAUUCAUAUUUUUUUGUUGAAUUUUUGGAAUUUUUAGUACUUAAUGUCUUGACUGGUUUAUAAACUUUUGAUAGGAG